AUGAUCCACGUCGUCACCACCCCUCACAUGAUCAUCUCCACGGACGGACAACUACAAACGCCAGUCUACAAGGAGCAGAAAAUAUCUGUCGAAGCCGGUUCCGAAGCCGGCGGCUCGGCGCACGUGCCCCCAGGGCAAAAGGCGCCCGACAAGGCGGAUGAUAAGUGGGCAAUCACCUCGGUCGUGAGCCUUGAGCAGUACGUCGUCGCCACCGACAAGGAGAUGCACAUCCCGCUCACCGACAAAAACUCUACAACUGCUCACAUUGCCCGCGCGUUGCCGAGACGUCGCCGCACCCGCCUUGAGAAAAAGUCAGAGGGCUUGAAGAAGCCACCAAAAUGGCAUUCGUGGGAAUGCGUCUUCCAAGAGAUGAAACGUUUGGGGCCCGAUCCCAGGAUGACCGCCGGCCGGAACAAGGAGCUGUUCGCCAUCGCUGGUUGUAACAAAAAAGCCAAGUGCCAACCUACCUUUAGGGGCUUCCUG